GCCUCCUCCCGGCACGGCCCCCCUCCCGGCACACAGGCAGGCCGGGGCGGGGGGCCCCCGAGGCCGGAGCAGCCCAGGCCCCGUCGGGGCGGCCGGGGUGGGGCGAUGCCGGGUGGUGACAGCGGCGGCCCGGGCUGGGGCCCGUGACCAUGGGUAUCGCGGAGUCCACGCCGGACGAGCUGCCGUCGGACGCCGAGGAGCAGCUGCGCAGCGGCGAGCAGCAGCUGGAGCUGAGCGGGCGGCGGCUGCGGCGGCUGCCUAGCGCCGUGUGCGCGCUGAGCCGCUUGCAGAAGCUGUAUGUGAGCGGCACCGGGCUGCGCGAGCUGCCCGAGGAGAUCGAGGAACUGCGCGAGUUGCGCAUCCUGGCGCUCGACUUCAACAAGCUGGAGCGCCUGCCCGACGGCCUCUGUCGCCUGCCGCGCCUCACGCGUCUCUACCUGGGCGGCAAUCGGCUGCUGGCGCUGCCACCCGACUUUGCACAGCUGCAGAGCCUGCGCUGCCUCUGGAUCGAAGGCAACUUCCUGCGGCGCUUCCCGCGGCCGCUGCUGCGCCUGGUGGCGCUGCAAUCGCUGCAGAUGGGUGACAACCGGCUGCGCGCGCUGCCCGCGGAGCUGCCGCGCAUGACGGGCUUGCGUGGCCUCUGGCUCUACGGCAACCGCUUCGAAGAGUUCCCGCCCGCGCUGCUGCGCAUGGGCCGGCUGCACAUCCUGGACCUCGACCGCAACCGCCUGGGAGGCUUCCCGGACCUGCACCCGCUGCGCGCACUGCGAGUUUUCUCCUACGACCACAACCCGGUCACUGGACCCCCGCGUGUGGCAGACACCGUCUUCUUAGUUGGCGAGGGCGCCGUCGAGCGCAUGGCUGAGCGAGACGAGCCCAUUCCGCGGCCGCCACCCCGGCGGCCAGUCCGGGCCUUUGAGGAUGAAGAGGAAGAAGACCUGCUCAUAGGAGGCACAGGACCCAGGGCCCUGGGGCCCGCCAGGGACAAUCUCCGAGCCUUGGAAGCCCCUCCAGGAUUGGGCACCUGAACCUCUGCCUUGAGUGAUGGGCUUGGCUACUCUGGCAGGAGGGGCUCUAGGAAACCGUGGCUGUCUGGAUAUAGGGUGCCGCUGGGCCUCUUGGGGCAGUGAAGGAGUGGCACUGAGUGAGCUACCUGGCAAAGGCCUUAGGCUAUCUUCAGAGACUUCUGGGUAGUAAGAAAGACUCCCCGGGCGGACCUCUGGGCAAUUUUCAGACCAAGAAGUCUGGGAUAGAGUCACUGAUGGUACAACAGAUGAGCGGGUUCUCACCUGGAACCAGGUCACCACUAUCCACAGAGUCAUCCCCACUCUGACACUGGAUGCCCAGGGUGCCUAUCACUUUCAUCUGGGGUUCGGAUUGCCUAGGCCUACUCUAGCUGUUGCUGGAGUAAUUACCUCUGUGGUGAAUUGUAUGGAGGCAAAACUUGCCCUCUGUGUGUGUGUGUGUGUGUGUGUGUGUGUGUGUGUGUGUGUGUAAGGGGGGAGGUUCUGGCCAGAGGUAGGGCAUAGGGACUGUCCAGGACAGAAGCAGGACACACCUUAGCUUCCCUCCGCUCUCCACCAGGUCCCCGAUAUCUGUACGGAGCACAGAAGACAGGGUCUCCACUCCACCUUUGCUUCUGAUCUCUUCUCCCAUCAUGUGCUGAGAGAUUGCUGGACAAAGAGAUCUUCCCUCUCUUACAAUCUGUGCCCUCAGAUGUCAAGUUUGAAAAGAAGCCACUGUGCCUCUAGGGCUCCUGCCCCGAAGAGAGGGCUCUGCUCUCUAGGAGGCUGCCCGGGCCUCGCUCCUGCUCCCACUCUCCAUGUCCUUACAUGGGCACAGCCAGGGUGGCUGGCACGGCAUGGGGCACUGGACGGGCACUAUGUGCCUCCGAGGGGGUGAGGAGACAGGCUUUGCAAUUCCCAGGGUCAGAUCCAAGCAAUAACAGGAGGAAGGGGCCAGAGGACACUCAGGGACACUGUCAGGGGCUGGAGCCCCAGAAGGUAGUGUUUUCUUUAGGAAGAAAAAAAACUGAUUGCAAACAUAAAUUAUAUUUCUUGGAGAAAGAAUGUGUGUUUCCCACAUGUCUAUUUAUUUAUAAGUCUGGGAGCACCAAGUUCCACUGCUGUGGGUGCACCUCCCCCACCCUUGUGCCCCGACUCUGUG